CGCCGGAUCACGUGAGCGCGCAGGCGCACCGUCGCGCAGCCUGCUCUCUCACACAAAGCCCAGACGCGGAGAAAAUGGCGGCAGGGGUCGAAGCGGCAGCCGAGGUGGCGGCGACGGAGAUCAAAAUGGAGGAGGAGAGCGGCGCGCCCGGAGUGCCGAGCGGCAACGGGGCUCCAGGCCCUAAGGGUGAAGGAGAACGACCUACUCAGAAUGAGAAGAGGAAGGAGAAAAACAUAAAAAGAGGAGGCAAUCGCUUUGAGCCAUAUGCCAAUCCAACUAAAAGAUACAGAGCCUUCAUUACAAACAUACCUUUUGAUGUGAAAUGGCAGUCACUUAAAGACCUGGUUAAAGAAAAAGUUGGUGAGGUAACAUACGUGGAGCUCUUAAUGGACGCUGAAGGAAAGUCAAGGGGAUGUGCUGUUGUUGAAUUCAAGAUGGAAGAGAGCAUGAAAAAAGCUGCAGAAGUCCUAAACAAGCAUAGCCUGAGUGGAAGACCACUGAAAGUCAAAGAAGAUCCUGAUGGUGAACAUGCCAGGAGAGCAAUGCAAAAGGUGAUGGCUACGACUGGUGGGAUGGGUAUGGGACCAGGUGGCCCAGGAAUGAUUAAUAUCCCACCCAGUAUCCUAAAUAAUCCUAACAUCCCAAAUGAGAUUAUCCAUGCAUUACAGGCUGGAAGACUUGGAAGCACAGUAUUUGUAGCAAAUCUGGAUUAUAAAGUUGGCUGGAAGAAACUGAAGGAAGUUUUUAGUAUGGCUGGUGUGGUGGUCCGGGCAGACAUUCUUGAGGAUAAAGAUGGAAAAAGUCGUGGAAUAGGCACUGUUACAUUUGAACAGUCCAUUGAAGCUGUGCAAGCUAUAUCUAUGUUCAAUGGCCAACUGCUAUUUGAUAGACCAAUGCAUGUCAAAAUGGAUGAGAGGGCCUUACCAAAGGGAGAUUUUUUCCCUCCUGAGCGUCCACAACAACUGCCUCAUGGUCUUGGUGGCAUUGGUAUGGGGUUAGGACCAGGAGGGCAGCCUAUUGAUGCCAAUCAUCUGAAUAAAGGCAUUGGCAUGGGAAACUUAGGACCUGCAGGAAUGGGAAUGGAAGGCAUAGGAUUUGGAAUAAAUAAAAUGGGAGGCAUGGAGGGACCUUUUGGCGGUGGUAUGGAAAACAUGGGUCGUUUUGGAUCUGGAAUGAAUAUGGGCAGAAUAAAUGAGAUGAAACAUGGCAUGGGUGGAGGAUUUGAGAGAGACUUUGCCAGAAAUGAGAUGGGAAUGUCUGGAAGCUUUGGAGAGCCCCUUGGCAAAGGAAUGGAAAUCCUAAGUAAUGCACUGAAGAGAGGAGAGAUCAUUGCAAAGCAGGGAGGAGGUGGAGGUGGAGGCAGUGUCCCUGGAAUCGAGAGGAUGGGCCCUGGCAUUGACCGCAUUGGUGGUGCUGGAAUGGAGCGCAUGGGCGCAGGCCUGGGCCAUGGCAUGGAUCGCGUGGGCUCUGAGAUUGAGCGCAUGGGCCUAGUCAUGGACCGCAUGGGCUCCGUUGAGCGUAUGGGCUCUGGCAUUGAGCGCAUGGGCCCGCUGGGCCUCGACCACAUGGCCUCUAGCAUCGAGCGUAUGGGCCAGACCAUGGAGCGCAUUGGCUCUGGCGUGGAGCGUAUGGGCGCCGGCAUGGGUUUUGGCCUCGAGCGCAUGGCCGCUCCCAUCGACCGUGUGGGCCAAACCAUUGAGCGCAUGGGCUCUGGUGUGGAGCGCAUGGGCCCUGCCAUUGAGCGCAUGGGCCUCAGCAUGGAGCGCAUGGUGCCCGCGGGCAUGGGGGCUGGCCUGGAGCGCAUGGGCCCCGUGAUGGAUCGCAUGGCCACCGGCCUAGAGCGCAUGGGCGCCAACAACCUGGAGCGGAUGGGCCUGGAGCGCAUGGGCGCCAACAGUCUGGAGCGCAUGGGCCUGGAGCGCAUGGGCGCCAAUAGUCUGGAGCGCAUGGGCCCUGCCAUGGGCCCAGCCUUGGGCGCUGGCAUUGAGCGCAUGGGCCUGGCCAUGGGUGGCGGUGGCGGUGCCAGCUUUGACCGUGCCAUCGAGAUGGAACGUGGCAACUUUGGUGGAAGCUUCGCGGGUUCCUUUGGUGGCGCUGGAGGCCAUGCUCCUGGGGUAGCCAGGAAGGCCUGCCAGAUAUUUGUGAGAAAUCUCCCAUUUGAUUUUACAUGGAAGAUGCUAAAGGACAAAUUCAACGAAUGUGGCCACGUGCUGUAUGCUGACAUCAAGAUGGAGAACGGGAAGUCCAAGGGGUGCGGUGUGGUUAAGUUUGAAUCUCCAGAGGUGGCUGAGAGGGCCUGCCGGAUGAUGAAUGGCAUGAAGCUGAGUGGCCGAGAGAUUGAUGUUCGAAUUGAUAGAAAUGCAUAAGCAGUUGCCUUUUUUAAACAUCGGUACCAGACCUCUGAAUUUGUAUUUUUUCUUGUUAACCAUUUUAAUUUGUUGGCUGGAUGUAUAAAGAUGUUUAAAAAAUUCAGUUGCUUUUGGGGUAAUUUGAAUUACUUUUUUAAUGACUGGGGUUCCAUUUGACUGUUUGCAUUGAGAUUGCAAUGUGUGCAAUUUUUUUUGUAGUUGUGGCAUCUUGUUGACAUCAAAUAUGACUUUGAUAAUAAAUACCAGUUCCUGAAA